CUUUUGCGCGAUCAGCCUUGCGUUUAUUCACGAGUCGAGAGCUGAACAGAGCGGAGUGAUUAUUGCUACUUUCGCAAAGAUUUUUUUUUGGUCUUAUACCUUAUUCGCUACCCAAACACUGAUUGAAAGUCUAGAGAUUAUCAAGGAGUCUCUCUGAAGGAUCGCGGUGAAGAGUCAAAUUUGACGAAGUGCAAGCAAGUUACGAAGACUGAAGCGUGUGACCUUUGCGAACUGGGCGAAAUAAUUUCGGAAUUUCGGACAGAGGUGAUAAUUCGGUGGAUUGUGUGUGCGCUGCUUGAAGUGACUGAUUAUCUCGGCGCAACACAACAAAGUACGGUGGAGAGUCAGUGAAUCGGCGCCGAGUUUUUAGUCAGUUUUUUUUCGCCAAGCAAGAGUGAGCAGGAGAUGAGUUUACAUCGCUGAUAACAGUUAUCAUCGUUACAACUUAUAACUCAUAUUACUGCUGGGCUUAAUGCGCUGCAGCAAGCGAAGACAACACAUUUAACGAGCGCGUGAGCAGAAGCGUUUAAAUCAGUGAAGGCGAAAAACUGCCAUACCAAGCGCGUUCCACCGAUGCCUGAGGGCGUUUGCGCAUAAACAAAGUCGCGAAUGGAAAAGCGUUCAACCGCAAGUGGUGCAUGCCAGUGAAAAACCAUAUGCUAGCAGGGAAAGUACGCAAUUAAGAAACGUUUAACUAACUUAUUUAUUUAUUCGACGAGUGUGUAUAUUUAUUAAAUCGCGUGUGCUAAGCUAUAUUACCGAACACAAAAAAAAAUGGCCCAAGAGAUGAUGUUCUACCCAAAGGAGACGACUCCACAAACCGUGCCGGCUGGAAAUUUUACAUCGGACUUUUUCUCGGCGUAUGCGGAUGAUUUCGACUUGUCGCUGUUGACGCCAAGUGACGGUGAAGUUCCGUUGAGUCCGCAGUCCCAGCAGCAGCGUCAGCAGCUACAAAUUCAGCAGUCUAUGCUCCAAGUCGGAGUCAACGCGUCGCUGCAGUACAUUCCAGCGACGAUCUUCCACGACGUACCGGCAUCGGUGCAGCAAACUCUGCAACAAAUGAAACAGGAGAAACCUUCGACCUGGACCGAGAGCCUUUCCGAUUCCUCGUUGAAGUCGGCGUUGCUAGAGCAACUCCAGGCUGGACCCCAGUACCAAUACUACUCCAGCCCUCUGCUGAGUCCCCCGCAAGAAAAGUACACUGUGUACCCACCGUCACCAACGCCAUCCAUCCCAGAUUUCCAAAGUCUUAACGUUCCGCAGACCGGCGGAAACUUCAUCACAAUCAAGCAGGAGUUCUGUUCGCUUCCACCGUCGCCGCCGGAUUCGAACGGAGCUCCUUCACCGGUUCACUGCAGCGAGAUCAAAACCGAGUUCGACAUUGAACCCACGAUCGACAUCGAUUCCCUGCUGGGCUCCCCGAAGCAACCCAAGGAGGAGCCCUUCGACAAACCCCUGGAGUUCAACAUCCUACGGGAACAUCUCCAGGACCCCGGGCUACAGCGCAAGAACAACCCGAAGCCCGUUGAACUGGACUCUUUCAUCGGGGGCAUGAGCACGCAUGCUGAUCUCGACACGAUCUUCGAACUAGCUCUGCAGGAUGCCCGCGUUGGAAUCCAGACGGCGUGCACCGUCCUUGGGAUCUCACCCGAUCCCCGCCAGUGGUCCCCGGAGCAGGUCCAACAGUGGCUCCAGCUGAUGAUGACCAAGUACAACCUGCCACCGCUGAUCAACACCGCGAGCCUAUUCCCGGAAAGCGGCGACCAGCUAACCCUACUCUCGAUGGACGAAUUCGUACGGCGCAUUCCGCAGGGAGGUGACAAACUGCAUGGACAGCUGGAGCUGUGGAAGCAAAUCUUCCGCUCUUCGGCGGCCGCAAUUACGGCGGUCGUUACGGUUGGUGGUGGCGGAGGUGGUCCCGAUAGUGUUUCGGUUGGUGGUCCCACGACCGUGGCGGCAGGAGCUGUAGCGACGCCAUCUACGACGGCGGUGGCUGUGGUCGUGCCUCAGCAGGAAUCGGGCGCCUUCGAUGCGGAGUCCGGCAACGAUGACAUCAGUGACGAUGAAGACGAAGACAUGCCCCUGGAGGGAACCGGAGGCACCACCCCUUCCACAUCGGCUGGUGCCCCCAACACCUCCUCCACCGGUACCGGAAAACCACGCCAAGGUGGUUCCCACAUCCAUCUGUGGCAGUUCCUCAAAGAACUGCUGGCCACACCGGACCAACACGGAACCGCUAUCCGCUGGAUCGACCGCACCAAGGGAGUGUUCAAAAUCGAAGACUCUGUGCGGGUGGCCCGGCUCUGGGGACGUCGCAAGAACCGACCGGCUAUGAAUUAUGAUAAGCUGUCCCGGUCGAUUCGGCAGUACUACAAGAAGGGCAUCAUGCAGAAAACCGAACGCUCGCAACGGUUGGUGUACCAGUUCUGUCAUCCGUAUUCGCUGUAGAUUUGCCAACGGAGUGUGUGUGUCCAUUGGACGCAAAGCUAGCUUUAAGAGUUUUCGGUGUGAUUUGUUUGGAUGCACGUGCAAAUGUUUGUUUGUUUAGCCUAAGCUAUUUUAAGUUAUUUACCAUUGCGGGCGUGUGAAAUGUUGUGCGUCGGAGAAAAUCUCUUCCUGGAGAAAACCAUGGCCCACACCGAUUCGGGGUGGAAAAUUUUCCUCCGAGAAUCGAUUUUUUGCCUUCGUUGUCUGUUAAGUGUAUGUGCGAGUAGUCCGUAAGCAACCACAGAAUCACUCUUUUGUAUUAUCGCACCAAGCUCCGUCUGGCGGCAAGUGGUAUUAACUUGUCACGCGGAAGAUAAUAUUCUUAAAACGAUGUGAUUUAUAAUUUUACGCCAACAAUCGUUCCUGGAGGACGUUUUGUUGUAGCUUUUAAGUCAAAAGGCCAAGUAUGCAUCCGUGCACUGUUUGUCUGUCUGUCCAUGUGGAUGAUUGUGACAAUGAGUAACAACGCCACAUUCGGAAGCAGCAGUUGCCGAGCGCAGGCCGAAAUCUCUAUCGCAAAGAAUCUCGAACACUUGUAGUUCAACAGUGGAGCACAGCUUAAGGGUGAGGUUACUGUCGGCCAUUGCCACGGUACUCGUCCAUCUAGACGGAAUCAACCAAAGCUGAGUCCUCACACCCGAAGGACGGGGAAGGUAAUUUCCUCGGCUCGUUUGGGACGGGACGUCGUAAGCAUGAUUCCCGAAGCGAUGGUCGAGAGAAAUCCGGUCAGGCCGGGAGAAUCCGAAACCGGAAGCGAACGAUCCCGAAUAGUGAUGUGUGACAUCUGAUCUGAACGUAUCGUGAAGGUUUUUCGCUGUAUUGCUUACCGAGUCAACCAACUCUAACGGCACCUUAAACUGGACGCGGUCAUUUCGUCGAUCGACGCCCGGUGGUAAUACAAGGGCCGCAGAUUGGAGGCCGGUAAUUUUGGUCCCAUAUAUCUAUGAUAUAUUUUUAUUGUAAGUUCUAUGAACGAUACAAUUAAGAUGUUAUUUAAUCCGGAGUAAAUACAUCGAUUUCUUUUUUAAAUUUCCCUUAGUUUAGAACAUUAGUUUACCAAUAUCAUUGUAAAUAAAAAAAAAAAAAAAAACAAAAUCUUGCUAGGCUAUCGUUGCAAUACAAUCCGUAGAUUUAGGUGAUCGACCCUGUUUCUGCAGAAAGGGUCGAUCGAAAACAAUUUCCCCCCUCUAAAAUAAACUUGUCAGAAAUCAGGCCAAAAGGUUCCGAUCGGAAACAAGAGCUCACUUUCCGAUCGAAGGCUUUUCCAUCCCAAUUUCUCACGUGCUGUAGAGCUUACGUAUCCUAUCGUAAUGUACCAAUUUUGUAUUUGAGCAGCCAGAACCAAUCGCCAAUGGCCUUUUGCUUUUUACUUUUUCUCAAAUUGUAGUUAAACGGUGGCGGGAUAAUGUUAGGAAAACGGUUAGGAUUAGGACACACAUGAAUUUCUCAAACACAAAAACACACAUACAAAUACAUCGAGCAAACAUUAACCAAUUGUGAUCUAAGUGCCUUAUUGAUAUUUUUUACUGUUCUUUCUCCCUUAUUUAAAUGCAAAACAAAAUAAUUUUAUCAACUUAACAUAGGAUUAUAAGUGUAUGAUCUAAUCAAACCGCUAGGAGUUGCUUCUGUGUACUACACAUACAUAUAUUCAAAGUGAACCAAGGUUUCAAAGAGUUGAGUUUGAGAUAUGAUAACAACGGUUAGGGUUAAGGAUCCAUUGUCAAAUCAUUCUUCAUGUAGGAUUUAUUAAUCAUGAUUAAUAAAUGUAAGUCUAACCUAAAAACACAA